AUCGCACAAACAACACUAACGGAAACAUCACAAAAGCACCGUGCAAAGCCCGGACGGACGGACAGACGGACGGCAAUUCCUGUCUCUGCGUUCGAGUGUGCGUGCGAGUGUGUGUGUGCGUGUGCGUGUGUGUGUGCGAGUGUGCGUGUGCGUGUGUGUGUGUGAGUGGAGCGCAGUCAAUGCGCUUCUGUUGUUGCUGCUGUCAAAGCCCGCGCGGCAGCAACAUCAACAUCCAUCACACCGCCAGCCACAGCAACAGCAACAGCCAUCAGCAACAGCAGCCAAAGCAGCACAAACAAUAAUUUGAAAACACACACAUAAAACAUAAAACUGCAAAACUGUUUAACAAUCAAAAAGAGAAACAUUACACAAAACGCCAGCAACAUUUACAACUUCGUGUUGUUGUCGUCGUCUUGUGUCGUUGUCGUCGUCAUCGUCGUUGUCGUCGUCGUCUAUGUCGCUGUCGUCUGUCGCGUCGCAACGCAACGCAUCGCAUCGCAACGCAACGCAUCGCUAGUUAUAGAUGCACUCCACACAUAUCUAUAACAAAUCUAUAAUUUUUUUUUCUUGUUUUGAACAAAAGUCAGUGCAAAAAGUGCAAAAGAAAUGUGCAAGUAAUAACAGCAACAUCGACAGCAGCAGCAGCAACAUAACGAAAUUGCAGUAGAUAUAUCACAUAUAUAUAUAUCUGUCUGUAUAUAGCAUAUUGUAUGUGCUGCUUACACAUGCUCUUGCUUCAAUGGCAAUAUGCACGAGCAGCAGCGACAACAGCAACAACAGCAACAUCUACAUCAGCAGCAGCAGCAGCAACAUUUGUGACACCCGCGUGCCAAAUAUUGCCGAUUUUGACAAGCAGACGACAGCAGCAAUUGCUACUUACUGAACGAGGCACAACAACAGCAGCAACAGCAACAACGAUUGCAGCAACAGCAGCAACAUCUACAGCAGCAACCACAACGAAUCUUGCAAGCAGACGCCGCAAACUAACAAAAUGUCAAUUCAAAAGUUAAACGAUAACGCGAACUCGGGCUAUGUUAGCUCCGAGGAGACGGACUCGCUGCUAGUGUCGAGCACGACCAAGGGGAGCGGCGGGGGUCGCAGUGCGCUGUUGCGUCAGGUGAAGAGCAACAACAGUGCGGCAAACGGACCAACAACAGCAACAACUGCAGCGGCAGCAGCAGCAGCAGCGGCGGCAGCAAACAAUUCAAUGGCUUCCACGUCGGGAGGGAAACCGACAUUGAUGCGUCAAGAUCGCACUUCCACAUAUCUAACGAGUCCGCAGCAAUCGCAAUCGCAACAGAUGCGCAUGGGCUCUGAGGAGAGUAUGCGAGGUGGAGUUGGGAUGGGAAUGGGAGGAGGUGGAGGUGGAGGAGGAGGAGGAAUGGGAAUGGGGCACGAUGAGGAUAUUGAGCAGGGACUGCGUGCAGCCAUAGUGCCUGAUAUCGAAGUACACGAAGAGGACCAAGAACUAACACAAAACACAUCAACGACCACAACAAUAUCAGCAUCGGCCAGCGUGGCUGGCAAUGCUGCAACGACCAAGUUGCAACAACAACCAUCGGUUGAUAGCCAAUCGAAACAGCAACAACAGCAACAACAACAACCGACCAUAUCAAUUAUGAAUUUAAGCCCAAGCGGUCAUGGCUCAAGUCAUCCCAAUUUGGGCACAUCAUCAUAUCAGAAUCUAUCGUCGAGCAUACCGCCAAGUGCGCCGAGUCGAUGUCGCGCCUGUCGCAACUGCAGUCGACGUGCCUCAACGACACCGAUCUCCACAACGAUGGCCAACACGAUGACAAUGUUGGGUGGCCAGCAGAUCGAUCGUUCGGCGUCGCGGGACAGCGUUAAAAGUGCCUUCCAACAGGGUAACCUGACCAGCUCGAUGGCCAUUUGCAUAUCAAACUCGGCCCUCCAGCAACAGCAGCAGCAACAACAGCAGCAACAGUUGCAAUUGCAGUUGCAACAUCAACAACAGUUGCAGCUGCAUCAUCAUCAGCAGCAACAACAGCAACAGCAGCAAGUGCCGCCGGUGCUCAUCACGUCAUCGCCGACAAAUGGGUCGAGAAUAAUCCGGCAGAGCUCGCAACCGGAGUCGAGCACCACGGCCAUCUGUUGUGGGUCGCAUAGCUCAUGUGGACACUCCCACACGGUGCCGAAUGUGUCGCUGAAGCAGCUGCGCGAAAGCACCACAGAUGGCAUUGCUGGCAUUGCCGCCGAUUCCCUAAGGAUCAAUGGUGGCAUGCGUCCAUUUAAACAGGGCGUUCUUCUAAUGCCUCGCACAUUGUCCGAAAGCCGAAAAUUGCGACUUAGAAGGGCCUUCACAGAGGCCACUAACGAAACGCUUCAAUGCUCCAAAAUGCUCCGCAAGCCAGCGUCGACACUUUCAAUUCCUGGCUCGAUGAAAACACCUUCCAUUGCGAACCGGGAACAGAUCUCAUCUGGAUGCAACGAAGAAGCGGCCGAGGCUUUAGUGGGUAUCCACUCAGACUACCCUAGGUAUGAAAUGUAUAUGGAAGAACGUGCGCUUACUGGCGGCAAUACGUCCAGGAAGCCAUCAACAAACUCGGCCAAACACAAACCCAAUGUGGGCUAUCGCCUGGGCAAGAGAAAAGCUUUAUUCGAGAAGCGCAAACGCAUUAGCGACUACGCCCUCGUCAUGGGUAUGUUCGGGAUCAUCGUGAUGGUCAUUGAAAACGAACUGAGUAGUGCCGGCGUCUACACAAAGGCAUCGUUUUACUCGACAGCGUUAAAAACCUUAAUAUCUGUUUCGACUGUGAUUCUUUUAGGACUUAUAGUAGCUUACCAUGCUUUGGAAGUGCAGGUGAGAUUAUUCAUGAUAGAUAACUGCGCCGACGAUUGGAGGAUCGCAAUGACAUGGCAACGAAUUAGUCAAAUAGGGUUAGAACUUUUUAUAUGCGCUAUACAUCCAAUUCCUGGCGAAUACUAUUUCCAGUGGACGACGAAAUUGGCCAAUAAGAACAAAACAAUUGGCACCGAAAUGGUGCCAUACGACGUAGCUUUAUCACUACCUAUGUUCCUUCGAUUAUAUUUAAUCUGCCGCGUUAUGCUGCUUCAUUCAAAGCUAUUCACAGACGCAUCAUCACGGAGCAUCGGCGCUCUCAAUAGGAUUAAUUUUAACACAAGAUUCGUUUUAAAAACACUAAUGACAAUAUGCCCGGGAACGGUUCUAUUGGUCUUUAUGGUCUCGCUGUGGAUAAUUGCCUCGUGGACCUUGCGGCAAUGCGAAAGAUUUCACGAUGAGGAGCACGCGAAUUUGCUAAACACCAUGUGGCUAACGGCCAUCACAUUUCUGUGUGUCGGCUACGGCGACAUUGUGCCGAACACAUACUGUGGACGCGGUAUAACCCUCACCUGCGGCAUGGUGGGCGCUGGCUGCACGGCGCUGCUCGUCGCCGUCGUCUCACGAAAACUGGAGCUGACUCGUGCCGAGAAGCAUGUGCACAACUUCAUGAUGGACACGCAGUUAACCAAAAGGCUGAAAAAUGCUGCGGCGAAUGUUCUUCGUGAAACUUGGCUCAUUUACAAACAUACAAGACUAGUAAAACGGGUUAAUCCCGGCCGUGUAAGAACCCACCAAAGAAAGUUCCUUCUAGCUAUAUAUGCGUUGCGAAAAGUUAAAAUGGAUCAACGCAAACUAAUGGAUAACGCAAACACAAUAACCGAUAUGGCCAAGACACAAAAUACGGUCUAUGAGAUAAUAUCGGACAUGUCGAGUCGACAGGAUGCCAUCGAAGAGCGUCUCACAAAUCUAGAGGACAAGAUGCAGAGUCUGCAAGAGCACAUGGAGAGCCUUCCCGAUUUAUUGUCGCGCUGCCUGACGCAGCAUCAGGAGCGCAUCGAGCAACGUCGCAACUUUCUACACCCGGACACAGCGGCGACUGCGGCAAUACAGCAGCCCAUUCAGCAGACGACGCCGCAAUCCAUGUUCAACACAGCGCCCAUGCUGUUCCCACAUUCUAGAAGUGUACCCUCAUCCAAUAACGCCGCUGCUACUUACCAUUGGCCAACAAGCCCUAUUUUGCCACCUAUAUCUAGUAGAACACCACAUUUAGUGCCUGAUACUCACAUGCCAUCAAAUGGAUCUGCAGUUAAUACUAGCUACGCUACAUCUUCCAACAAAUACGGCAGCUGAAUAUCAGAAAGAGAGCGCUCCAACUCCGUGAUUAACAUCGAGAUGCUAGCAAUAAGAAGGCCACAACAACCACAACAACCAUCAUCAUUAUCUUCAUCAUCAGCAUCACAACCUCCUCCUCACACACAACUGCGAACAUUACGAGCUACGUCAACAACAACAACAACAACAACAACAACAAGAACAACAACAAAUAAGAAUCCAUCGAUUAAUACAAUGCCCAUGUCGCGAUCCAUGUCGCCCACAAUGAUCGAGAUGGCGCUGAGGCAGCGUCUCACGCUGGAUGAGCGGGAAGAAGACGAAGACGAAGAAGGUGAAAAGGAACAGCAAAAAGCGGAAUCCGAAUCCGAGUUCUAUGAACUUCGGCUAAUCCAUCAACAUCAUCAUCAACAACAACAACUUCAUCAGCAUCAUCCAGCGCCAUCGCAAUCGCAUUCGUAUCGUCGCAUACCCGAGACAACGACAACGAUACCGAUAGCGAUACCGAUAACAAGCGCCGCGACGACGACAUCGAUAUCGAUUGCCUCAAAGAUCACUGAGAAUAAGUUUACUAGGAAAAGAGAACGUGUAUGCAAUAAUAGUAGUAAUAAUAGUGCGAUAACGAUAACAACUAAUAAUAAUCAUAACAACAAUAAUAAUAAUGCGAGUAAUAAUAGUAAUAUUAGCAAUUAUACAACAACAACAACAACAACAACACAGACAUAAGCAACAACAACAAGUCGCAUUUCGAAUUCGUCGGCCUUUUGUAAAUAGAGCCAACACACAUUCGAAAUAAGUACGAACAAAAGUCAAACGUUAGCAUACAGAACUCUCUCUCUCUAUAUAUAUACUAUAUACUUUAUACUAUAUAUGCGUACAUACAUACAACAUACGAUACACACAUAUAUGUGUAUAUGUAACAUGUAAAUAUAUACAUAUAUGUGUACUUGAUUAACUAUAUCGAUAUAUACUCAUACCUAAAAAGUUGCCUUUUUUUCUUUUCUUUUUUUUUUACCAAGUCUAGAAUAUAAUAACAUGUUUUACUUAUCUCCUAACCUUAACAGACGCUCAAAGAGAAUACGUUAUAAUAUUUUAAUAAUAAUUCGAAAUGUUCUAUAUCCAAAAGUCCGUCUGAAAGGAGCAAGAAAUGAAAUAUACUAUCGUAAAAAUAUCGGUAUCUAUUACAGUAAUAUAAUUUCUGUUUAAGGUAAAACAUUUUACAGCAAAUAAAAUAAUAACUUGAAAGUUUCCAAAAAUUCAAAAGUCCGUCUGAAAGCACCAAAAAAUGAAAUAUACCAAAUACUAUAUACUAUACUGCAGAAUACUAUCGAAAAAAUAUCGAUAUAAAAUAUAGUAAAACUUUUACAUAAUAUUAUAUAUAUAUAAUAACUAGAAAUGUUGUAUAUACAAGUCCGUCUGAAAGCAGCAAGAAAGAAAAAAUACUAUAUAAAAUAUACUAAAUGAAGUAUACUAUCGUUAAAGUGUUACUAUAUAUAUUAGAGUAAUAUAAUUUCUUUCACAAAAAAUACUAAAUAAUAACUUUAAACGUUGUAUAUCCAAAAGUCCGUCUGAAAGGAGCAUAAAUUGAAAUAUACUAACAUAUACCAAACAAAAUACUAUAUCCUUAAACUAUCGUUAGCCGUUAUGGCAAUAUAAUUUCGAAGUAAAAAUUCUAGACUUGGUUUACUUACUUUUCCCCUCCCCCCCUCUACAGUAUGUGUGUGUGUGUAAACGUGUAUGUGUAUGUGUAUAUGUGUAUGUAUAUGUAUAUGUAUAUAUCUGUGUGUGUGUUGAUAGAAAACAUCAAAUGGAAGACACACAGUAGAAGAAGUAUUCUAAUUGUUGUAUGUAUUACAAGCCUAAGAAAUCGGUGAACUCACACCACACACACAGACACACACACACAGAGAGACACACACACAGAGAGACACACACAAUACAUGCAUACUAAAUACUAUAUUAGCUCUGGCUUUAAACGAAACCCAAAACCAAGAACACGAUAAACUCAAUUAAGAACCUGACUAGCUUUUCAGAGAGAGGUAAAGAGAUAAAACCUAAUAAUAAAUAGUGAAGAAAACCAGUUAAAAACAAAACAAAAGAAGAACAAUUUUAAUUGAAUUUUGUAAUAUAUUUAAAUAACAAAAAAAAAAUCUAAAAACAAACAUACAAGAAAAACUAAUUCAAUUUAAUAUACAAAUUAGUUGUAAUAUAUAUAUAUAUAUACAUAUAUAUGUAUGAAAGGUAAAAAAAACAAUUUGAAAAAUUCCCAAAAAAAAAAAAAAAAAGAAAAUGAUAAAUGAUAAAUGAGAAUAUAAUAUAGAGUAGUUAAAAUAGCAGAGUGGCCGAGCUACGUAAGUUUUCUAAAGAUUCUAAAAGGAAAUGCAUAGACAUACUAUAAAGUAUUAACUGAGAGCAUCGAAGUUAAUUUUUUUUUUAAUAGGUAAAUGAAACUAAAAUUUAACAAAAUUGACAAAAAUUAGUAAACCAAAAAAACCAAAAAAAAAGUAUAUAAAUAAAAUAAAUACUAAAUGAAUAUAGCGUGAGAAUUAUAAAACACAUAAACUACCAAAAAAAAAAUAUAUAUAUAUGCUUUUAGGCAAGUCGCAAAAUUGAAAUUAACGAAAAACUAGAAAGAGAGAGAGAAAAAUAAGAAAGGUUCAACAACUUCAACGUCAACUGAAACUGAAUUCCCCCCAAUUGAACAUGCCAAGUUGUCGCCGCAGAAAAACUAGAGAAACCGAAAACCAAAAAACCAGGGAACCAGAAACGGAUCUAAAACAAAUAAAAUAAAAAUAAUAAUAAAAAAACAAAAACAAAAUAUGUAGCACUUCUAUCAAAAGUAAAGUAUCUAAAUUCAUAUAUUAUUUAUCUCUCAAAUAGUACAACAUUCCAGAUCCCGUUAGAAUUGCGCAAUAGUUACAAAUUGAUUUGGUCACACUUAUUGUUACGAAUCGUGCUUUGUGCUACGUUUAUGCUGCAGAGAUCUCGUAUUGCUCGUAGACUCCUCCCCUUCCCUCCCUCCCCUUUACUUUUUGGACAAGGAAUACAAAUAUAGUACUACAAAAAAAACAAAAAAAAAAAUACAAAAUACAAUAUAUAUUCUCAAUUGCAGUAAGUUCAUCAAUGAUUCGGAAAAUUCUAUAGUCGAAAUAUACCCAUGAAAUUAAAUGAAAUUAUAAACGAGUAUAAAUGCGUAAGUCAAGUGGAAGAAGUUAAAAAGAAAACCAAAACAAAAAAAACGAAACAAAAGAAAAACAAAAAAUGAACCCUUAAAAAUGUAUACCUAUUUAUGAAUAUUUAAAUUGAAAUUCAAAUGAACGUUCAAGACUGCUGUCAAAAUAGCUUUAUCACAAUAAAAAAACACACACAUACAUACAUGAAAACGAACACUGUGGACAAGAAACACGUAAAUACACAAACCACAAACAAAAGAAAACCAAAAAAAGAAAAACAAAAAAAAACAGAUCAUAUUAUGAAGAGAAAGGGAAUGAAAAUGAAAAAACGAAAGAAAUACGAAAUACGCCCAGCUUUAAUAUUAUGUACUAUAAUGCAUAUUUGGGUUUCAACACUCCAUGAAAAAUCUUCAACAACAAAAACAACAAGAACAAGAACAAGAACUACAACAAAAACCAUUAAAAUUCUCCCGUUUGAACUGGUUUCCUAACACACAAUACCUUGAUACAAAAAACCAACAAAAAACGAAAAAAAAAAAAUACAAACGAAAAUCGAAAAAUGAGAAAAAUGAAAAUGAAAACCAAAAACUUUGAUAUGAGGGACCGAAAAUUCAAGACAGGUCUAUAUUAUACACACAAAACGCAAGAUAUGCAAACCAAAACCAAAAACAAAGAAAAAGAAAAAACAAAAAAUGAGAAAAAGAGAAAAUAAAUCCUUUUUAGCUGGUGAACAAUAUUUAUGUACUACAAACGACAUUGCAUACAACAAAAAAACUUAUCCAACUAUGCCAACUGAAUACUGAACCGAAUCGCACAAUUAUUUAUGCUAUGGAGCCCACGGUGGCACAGUGGGCACAGGCCAGCUGAAAAACGAAAUCAAAGCAGAAAGCAAAUUCAAAAUCUUCAAUAGCAAACACAUAGGUUAAAGCUGCACAACUCGACUCGACUAGCAUAUACCCUGUAACCGAUGGCAAAAAGAGUGAGACAAAACAAAAAACAAACAAGAUUUGUAGCCACCGUAGAAAGCAUAUCCUUAUUAAAAAAAAAACAAAAAGUAGUCCAGUCAGUCUGCUCUAGAAACUCAUAUGGGUAAUUCUCUGACGGGAAAAAAACAUAAAUUGAAACAGUUUUAAAAAUGAGAAAAGGUUAUUCUUAUAGCUCUAUAUUAGCACUUUAAUUAGAGCUAAGAAUGGUUUUGUAAUUUUUCUGUUCUGAUAAUAGCAAAAAUUAACAACUUCGUACGCAAACCAAACAAGUAAAAAAGUUACAGUGUGUUCGGAAGUGGGCGUGGCAGAAAUUUGAAACAAACUUGAUCUGCGUGCAAACAUAACAAAUGCUGUCGAAAAUUAUAGCUCUAUCUCUUAUAGUAUCUGAUAUCUAGUGUUUCAUACGGACAGACGGACAGACAGACAGACGGACAUGGCUAGAUCGUCUCGGCUGUUAACACUGAUCAAGAAUCCUUCUACCUGUUACAUACAUUUCUUUCUACCCUGUGGGUAACGAGUAUAAAAAUGAACGAAUUUAGUUAGAUAUUUUAUCGUACGACAAAACAAGUUUUUAGAUAUUUUAUCGUAAAACAGAACAAGUUCCUAAAAUCAAUCUUAGCUUUAAAUAUAGAGCUAAACCAAAGCUUGAAGAAUAACCUGCACUUAUUUUGAAAAUAGUUUUAGUUACAGAGAAUUACCUCUAUAUAUUUCAAAAGUAUAAAGAAGAAGAUAACAAAAUAAUAUUCAAUCCAUAGAUUAGAUUUGUAGAGAACAAACAGCUUGAGCAUUCGGUUACAGGGAAAGGAAAUUCACCUUAGUUUGUAUUUGCACUGGCCCACUGUGCACUGUGUAUACAAUGUGUCUGUCUCUCUCUAACUGUGCGUGUGCAUGUAUGUAUGUGUGUGUGUCUGUUCUCCCCCCGUAUAACAUUUGUAUGUAUGUAUGUGUGUGUGUUCUUCUCAACAGCGAAACGUAAAGCACACGAAGAAGCAGAAGCAGAAGAAUAUGAAGAAGAAGACGAAGAUGAUUAUGAAGAAGAAGAAGAAGAUGAUGAUGACUACGGUUUACUUCUACUACGAAAAUCACAAAGUAUUGCAUAGCUUCUUCUCAGUUCUCAGUUAACGUUUCCUCCAUUCACGAAUUGAGUUCGAUUCAAACCACAACAACAACAAUAAGAACCACAACAGCAACAACAACAACUUACAACAAAAUGAAACUUUUGGUAUAUUUACACACAGCAAACUAAAAUACUGACAAAACGAUAGAUACUAGAAAAGUAUAAAAAUAGAAAUCCGGCCUCUAUAAAAACCAAAAAAAAACUAAAGUAUAUACGGCAUAGCAUAGAAAAAGUUAAACAACAACAACCAGAAACCACAACAGCAAAAAUAUUGAUUAAAUGGGUUAUACAACAACAACAACAAGAACAACAACAGCAAAACGAAAAACAACAACAAGAAAUCAUACUAUAUACUAUAGACUAUACUAUAUAUAUACAUAUAUAUAUAUAUAUAUAUAUACUAUAUACUUAACAAAAAAAAAACAAAAAACGAAGAUCAUAUUUGACUUUACAUGUAUUAUAAGUAUGUAAUGUAUUCAGUAGUUGAACGAAAGCCGAAGCAAAGACCAAUUUAUUAAGCAUAACAAUUAUUUGUUAAACUAAACAAUAACAAAAAAAGAAAAACUAAAAAAACAACAAAUGCGAAACAAUUUUUUAUUAACAUGUAAACGAAGAUGGAAAUGAACCAGAGAGAAAUUAUGAUGAAAAGGAAAUUAAAAAACAACCAAUUUAAACUAAUCCCAAAACUUAAAGAUAACAACCAAAAACAAAAAAAUAAAUUAAAUUGACAAAAAAAAACAAAAAAAAUCCCCCCAACAAAAAAAAAAACUAAGUUAAACGCUAACAACUUAAACAAAUAAAAUAUAAAUUAAAAGAUUAAACUUAAAAUUAAACAAAACACAAGUUUCUAAAAGAAAUGAAUGCUAAAAGGC